AAUAAUUUAAGCAGUGUGAUCGGAUGGAAGAAGGCACAAGAGUGGAUGGGAAGAUGAGUUGGAUUUGGAGGAAAGGAGUUAGUGUGGGAAAGAAGGUUCUUGCAGCAUGUUUUCUAGUGUUUUCUGCACCGUUCCUCGUUCCAGCACUCAUUGUUGCCUCCACAAUCGCGUUGAUUUCGUCACUUCCUUAUUGUUUUUUCUUGGCGAGCUAUGUUUGUACUGAAAAGUUGAUGAGAAAACUGCUUCCUGCUAAUGCCUUUGGUGGAAGAAGUGAUCAUAAAAUGAUGCUACUCCCCAACAAGACCGGUCACGGUGAUAUUUAUAAUGAGGGCAUAGCACGGGCGGCUAUAAGUGAGCCGAUUCUUGUUCAGAUUGAGAAAGAGAGGACUAUUGCAAUAGCUUAUAGGGAAGAUGAGGAUAUGACAAAAGAGUUAAAGAGCUGGUUAGAGAGUAUUAGAGAUGAGGGUAAAAAUAAUCAAUCACUUGAUAGAGGAGUCUUGGAAAAAGGAUUUGAAGAGGAGGAUAAAGAUCAGUCGAUAGUUCUUAGAGAUGCUAAGUCAGAGAAGAUUAGACCACGGCUUGAAGAUCUGUUAGGAAAUAAGCAAGUAUCUGGGACUAGACAUGAAGGGGAACUUGAGUCCACUUCAACUAAAGCAGCUAGAGGGAAGGAUAUGGAAAAUUCUUCAACUCCGGUGAAGGUGUUGUAUAACGAGGAGCAGAUAUGGACAAAGAUUGAGGCAUUAAGGAAGGUAGUUGGAUACAAUGUUGCGAGGAGCAUGGCAUAUUCAGAAGAACUGAAGGCGCUUUACAUGUUUACGGGUGUGGAAUUGCCGACAUGGAUGUUGGAGAAUGAGAAUCAAGAUAUUGCAAAAGUCAGUGAGGGGCUUUCCUUUCUAAUGUCUGUUAUUGGAAUAAAAUAAAGUCUUUUGAUCGUAUUGUUGUAUAGCUUCAACACUCUUCUUUGGAACUGCGCCAUGAUCGUUUCUUUUGUGUGUAUCAACUUGACUUCCUUAAGUUUUUUUUUAAGGGUGGUUCAUACUUGUGUGCAUCAUCUCUCUAUAUCCCCUACUUUUGUAGACUUGAACAAGACCCUAUUUCAAUAUGACGAGUCAUAUCUUCUAAGUUUCUUUCUUUAAUGCAACAAAUUUUAUCAAAACAAAAAGUAGGAUUUUCA